AAAAACUAAACGCUCACUGAAGCUCAUUGACAUUGGAAUUCGAAGAUCCGUUUAGAGAGAGAGAGAGAGAGAGAGAGAGCAGACCAAGGGGGGUGGUGCUGGUGGGACGAUGGGAUGCUCUUUUUCAGGGCUGAACGCGCUGUACGACGCCGUUAACGGCGGCGGAGACGUGUGGAUCAACAAGAACAGGUUCAGGAUCGUUAGGCAGCUGGGCGAAGGUGGCUUCGCCUACGUCUACCUCGUCAAGGAGGUCCUCCCCGACUCCUCCGCCUCCUCCGGUCUCGCCUCCAAAUUCACGGACGCUUCUCACUUAUCUGAUGAUGGAACUUAUGCAAUGAAGAAAGUUCUCAUUCAGAAUACUGAGCAGUUAGAGUUGGUGAGGGAGGAGAUUCGCGUUUCUUCAUUGUUUAGCCAUCCCAAUCUGCUUCCACUUCUUGAUCAUGCUAUAAUUGCAGUGAAGCCUACACAAGAAGGAUCUUGGAAAAAUGAAGCAUACUUGUUAUUUCCAGUUCAUUUGGAUGGAACAUUACUGGACAAUGCUAAUGCAAUGAAGGCUAAGAAGGAGUUUUUUUCUACCUUGAAUGUUCUUCAUAUAUUUCGGCAGCUUUGUUCUGGACUCAAGCAUAUGCACAAUUUCGAUCCUCCUUAUGCACAUAAUGAUGUGAAACCCAGUAAUGUUCUUAUCACGAAUAGAAAAGGACAGCCACCUCUAACAAUAUUGAUGGAUUUUGGAAGUGCUCGUCCUGCAAGAAAGCAAAUUCGCUCUCGUACAGAGGCACUACAAUUGCAGCAAUUUCGGCUCCAUCCAUACCUUUUUCUUGCUCGAUUCAGACGAGAGGCAGCCCCUUUCAGUCGCAUCAGUGCUUGUCAGCCCCGUACAGUCCCUUUGGAUCUCGUUCUGCCCCUUACAGUCCCUUUGGAUCUCGUUUUUUUGCUGACUCAUCACAAUCUCGACAGUCAAACGGUGGAAUGGGCAUCUGAGCACUGUUCGGCACCCUUCCGAGCUCCUGAAUUGUGGGAUUGCCAAAGCCAUGCAGAUAUCGAUGAAAGAACUGAUAUCUGGUCUUUGGGAUGCACUUUGUUUGCAAUAAUGUAUGGUGUAUCUCCAUUUGAGUAUGCACUUGGGGAAUCUGGAGGGAGUCUACAAUUAGCCAUAGUAAAUGGGCAGUUAAAGUGGCCAGCUGGGCCUAAUCCUCCAUACCCAGAAGCUCUUCACAAGUUUGUAACUUGGAUGCUCCAACCCCAGGCCACAGUUCGACCACGCAUAGAUGACAUCAUCAUUCAUGUUGACAAGUUGAUCUCCAAGUUCUCUACUUGAAGAAACGUGGGUUAAAAAAGUUCUUAAAUCAGUUCACAGGACGAGAUGUGAACUCAAAUGAGCUUCACGGUCUGAUGACGAUUUUUUGAGACAUAUGGUCAUAGGACUACCUGGGUUUGGCACAAAGGUAACUACUAUUGUGGUGACCGCAUAAAAUCUCACGUAUUUUUGGUAAUUGCAGUAUUUCAUUGUGGAUGGGAGUCAUUUCCUUUAGUUUGUUGUCAAUCUUCGUUCAUGUUGUGUGAAUGUAUAUGGGCCAAGAAUGCAACUGUUAGUUUGUGUUUGGGGUAACUGAUUGUUUGUGUCCAACUACACAAAUCAACACAUUGAUUGUGUUGCUGUUAUGUGCAUGGUUACUUAAAGAAUAUUAAUCCCCAAAGAAUCUGAUAUUCUCCAUCUCAACACUAAAGGGGA